CCAGGGCUGGUCAAUCAUCGCACGGACCGGCUGUGCACGUCUGGCUUCCACGUCUCAGCAGAAACGCCCUCGCCGGGGAAGUAAGUUUGUAGAUUCUUUUUCUGGUAGCUGAAAAUGGGCCCAGUAGGUGCAGAGCCUGAUGAGAACCAGACAGUGGAAGAAAUGAAGGUAGAGAAAUAUCAUCCAAGGCAAACCACUCCCAGAGGUGAGCUGGCCCACGACCCUGAGCCAGAGCUGAUAGACAGCACCAUGCUGAUUGAGGUACGGAUUAUCCUCAUAUUAGCCUACUGCUCCAUCAUCUUGCUUGGGGUCAUUGGAAACUCUCUGGUGAUUCACGUGGUGAUCAAAUUCAAGAGCAUGCGCACUGUAACCAACUUUUUCAUUGCCAAUCUGGCGGUGGCAGAUCUUCUGGUAAACACCUUGUGCUUGCCAUUCACUCUGACCUACACCUUAAUGGGGGAGUGGAAAAUGGGUCUCGUCCUAUGCCACCUGGUACCCUAUGCCCAGGGCCUGGCAGUACAAGUGUCCACCAUCACCUUGACAGUAAUUGCCCUGGACCGACACCGUUGCAUUGUCUACCACCUGGAGAGCAAGAUCUCCAAGAGAAUUAGCUUCCUGAUUAUCGGCCUGGCCUGGGGCAUCAGCGCCCUGCUGGCCAGCCCCCUGGCCAUCUUCCGCGAGUAUUCACUGAUUGAAAUUAUUCCUGACUUUGAGAUCAUGGUCUGUACAGAGAAGUGGCCCGGCGAGGAGAAGAACAUCUAUGGCACGGUCUACAGUCUUUCUUCCUUGUUAAUCCUGUAUCUUUUGCCUCUGGGCAUCAUCUCCUUCUCCUACACUCGUAUCUGGAGUAAACUUAAGAACCACGUGAGCCCUGGAGCUGCCAAUGAUCACUACCACCAGCGAAGGCAGAAAACCACCAAGAUGCUGGUGUGUGUGGUCGUGGUGUUUGCGGUCAGCUGGUUGCCUCUCCACGCGUUCCAGCUUGCUGUGGACAUUGACAACCAAGUCCUCGACCUGAAGGAGUACAAGCUCAUCUUCACCGUGUUCCACAUCAUUGCCAUGUGCUCCACCUUUGCCAACCCCCUCCUCUAUGGCUGGAUGAACAGCAACUAUAGAAAGGCUUUCCUCGCAGCCUUCCGCUGUGAGCAGAGGCUGGAUGCCAUUCACUCUGAGGUGUCCGUGACAUGCAAGACUAAAAAGAAUCUGGAAGUGAAAAAGAACAUUGGCCCCCAUGACUCUUUCACGGAGGCUACCAACGUUUAAGGAAGCUCUGAUGUGAAAAUCUGUAGAUGAGUUCUGCCCAGAGCUAUAAAUCUGGUUGAGGAGGGCUCUCGGGUGCAUCCUGAUUUCCCACUCUAAGGAAGAAAAGGAGAAUCAGAAUGGAAGCCUCUGCAGUGGAAUUUAUGGAAAUCUGGCUGGCAGCGCCUGGGUAAAGAUACUGAUAUUCAAAGAUACAAGACACGGUUUGCCUAAAUUGCUUCGAUGGUAGGUCAAAGUCUGGGUAAAAGCAGAGGCAAACGCUUUUGACUGUUUCCCUGAAUGAAGGAAACCUGAAUGAGGUUGGGAUUAUUAGCAUUGGGAUUAUUGGGAUUAUUAGCAUUGCUAAAAAGUUGUGGCUGAAUAAUUUGUCUUUCAAAUCAUAUUAGGGUGUUGCCGGGUUGGGGGGUGAUGCACUGUUCACCGUCCCCUCAUCUGAUGGAAAGACCACCCAAGACCACUUUCCCUAGGUUGCUGCAGGCUCUUCUUUAUGUAUUUUUUUUUUUUUAAAGAAUUAUUCUUCCUACGCACUAAUCCUUCAGGGAGCAUUGAACUACAGUCAUUCAACUAUUUGAACGACUUCCAGGAAAUUAGCUGAAAUUUGCUAUGUAAUUAGUAUUUGGGCCAGUGAUAGGGGAACUCUUUAACACUCAGUUAGCCUGUUGUUCUUAAAACCAAAUGUACAUUUAGUGAAAACUUUCUUCAACUAGGAAGGGAAGGAUGAACUUCUCAGAAUUAUAGAAAUGUAAACCAUCAUUCAGCUUCUCAUUUCAAGUUGUGCUGCUUUAUAUAGAUGCUAUUUACAUAACAGAUAAGCAUACAACACAAAACUUUUAAUCACUUCUAAUUGUUAUAUCUUUUUGAACAUCUAUUAUUUCUAUGUUGGAACUGAGUUUGUCUCCACUAAAAAUUAAUUCAGAUUAAGAAAUAAUUUUUGUGGCAUUUUGCAACAUUUUAUGGUUAUUUGUAAAUAGUUUCAGCACAGAUACAUAGCUCUAAUGUGUUUACAGAACACUGCAGUGUUAUUUUUUGAAAUUCAUCUUCCAUGGACCCAUUCAGAAUUAAUAAAACAAUAUAAUUUCAUCAAAA